AUGGUGUCGAACACCCAUACCCGCUCCAGGAGCAAGGGAUCAUUUUCGAUUUUCUCCUUGGACACAAUACGGUCUUUUAGUCGUGCUGGCUCACGACAGGCUUCAAGGAUUCCGUCCAAGGACGAAUUGCGGGCGGGUGCUGAGUCUAGUCUCUCGCAUCGAUGUGACCCGAACAAUCAGCCACCUCCCACACCUGAACCAAGAUCCGUCAACCAUGGCGGGGAAGCAUCUGUCGAGUCCAACUCACCAGGAAGAGUGAAGAUCCAGCAGACACCCACGGCUCCUAGGGAACCGCAAAGAUUCAACAGCAUACGUCGACGAGCCCAUCGGCUGCGUCCCAAGUCAUGGCUGCCCUUCGCACGCCCGGUAGAACUAACCCCUUAUCCCCGCAGCAUUUCAACUCAGCUUCCCAAGACUGCCAGUACAUCGACCGUUGCUCGCAGUGUCAUCUCAGCUCCAAUACUGACCAGCACCACCAAUGUCUCCGUGGCUCGUGCCGAAGGGGUCCAUUGCGGAGAGAUAUCAGAUGCUGCUUUCUCUCAGUCUACAUGGAACUCACAGGUGGGCUGGAUCGCAACAGCCUGUCAAGAUUCUGGAGACGGACAUCAAGGUCCACCACCUGGGACUCCUGCCCUCUCACCACUCGUGGAGGAUAAAGUCCACCGGCUUGCUGAUGGGACUGCGUUGAAAAGAGGACGGAUCUUGCGUCUCAGAAAUGUCAUCAGGAACAAGAUCGUGACUGGACCCCAACGUACUCAGGCGGCAACCUCAAACACGCAGCAGAUGGAGAAACAAGGUGGACAGACGAGGGUGGCUGACCAGCCAGCACUGAUGCGAGGUUUAUCGAGUCGUCGUGCGGAAACGAUAAAUCUCUACAAAGGGAAGAUCAAAGGACUUACAGGCAAUGCCCACAUUCGACGCAGGUCUCUGAAUACGACCAAGAGUAUAGCAGAAUCCAAAGUUGCCCAAGACCCGCCUCUGCUGGGCGACAUCAUAGACGUCCCCACGACAGAUUGUGCUGCCGAACAUAGCGACAACGAUUCACCUUUUGGCUCUCUUACCAAAUCCUUUGCUAGCGCGGUCGACAAACUCGACUUCUACUCCACGCUUCCACGCAACAUGUCCUUCCUUCGUUCAAGGUCAUCUCUCUUCAGCCUAAAGAAGGGAGACAAAGCCCUCGGUAGUCCGAAGGAUGCAGGGCAACCUUUCCCACCCAUCUCGCCAUCAAAACCUGCACCUCCGGUCAGCCAACUGAUAGCUGCGUCGUCUCGGGGAAAAGUGUCCACAUUCUCGACUCUGGGAAGCAAUGCAAGGCGUCGCCCACCAGUACCACAGCGGGGUGUACCGUCAGUUGCGAAUACAUCGAGUGGCAACCCCAAGCAUAGCGCACUUGCUGCUGGCCGGUCUGUCUUGUCUCCGAUAGUAUUCUCGAAUGAGAAGAAUGGCUAUGUAGCCUCUGCACCUGAACUCGAGGAUUCUCAAGGUGUCAACCCCUUGAGGAUGCAUCCACCGGGUACCAUGGCUGUUCCGCUGGCUGUUGCAAAUCGAACGGUCCCGAUCAUGCCGGCAGACAGCAGUACUCCUCAAGCUGGUGCGCGGCCGCAGGCAGCGACUCCGGCAGCAGAGAUUGACACCGACUCCGACUCUAUCUCACUUGAGGAUGCUCCAAUAUACUCGCCUUCACUCGGCGAUCUCAGCCAGUACGCUCGUGAUACACCUCGAUCAGCCAAAGUUGCCCUCUCUGAAACCGGCAAAGCUCAGGUUGCAGCCCCAACACCAACCCGAAGUCCCAUCAAGAACCGCAGCUCAGCCAAAGGACACUCCGGGUUGUUGAAGAAAAGUAGGAGUGGUGUCAGUUUAUUCUCGAGAUCCAAACCUGACAACAACUCGACGGUCACAGGCGGACCCUUGCACCAACGGGACGCGAAUCAAAAACUGACCAAUAUUGCAGGAAACGUGGUUAAGAAGAGCAGGAGUUUGCACUUUGGAGGACUUUUCAGGAAGGAUGAGCAUACCGAUUUGCAGCCGUCAGCGGUCCCAGCUUCUCCGUUCCAGCCGACAACGCCUUCCCCACUGAGAAAAGUGAUGCGGUAUGGUAGUCAGUCGACGGGAGGUGGCAGCUCUCCUACGGCAUUGUCGGCGAGGAAGUAA